AUGGGCAAAACCGCGGCUCGGACACGCACCCAUGGAUCAUCGAUCGAUCCUAACCCGCAAAAGGAUGUCGCCGGUCCAUCACGCAAAGCAGCCGGUAAACGAAAAAAAAGAGGAGAAGAGGGAAGCGAUCCUUCCCUUACAAAUACUGAGAUCAAAACCUAUCGCUCCAACCUUUUGGAUGCAAAUUUCCGGUCUCGCAACCUUCACCCCGAAGGUUGGAGCGAUAGGAAAGAGAAUACCCUUAUUAUCCUAAAAUUGAACUUGAACCCGGAAUCCGCAACCUUCAACCCAAGCCGACAGCGAGCCAAGCACAUCGUUCACCCCUGCUGGCGAAUUGCUCACCGAGUCCUUACGACGAGUAUCUUCGGGCGUCUCGAGCCCGGUCAAAUCAACAGAUGUGAUCUAUUUUUCCUCCGAAGCAUGAGGCGUGCACUCCCCCUCAGUUUUUCAGGCUUCUUUUUAGACAAAUGCGACUCCAUACGCCAACGUUCCUCAGGGGAAAUUUUUAUCGGGGGACUUAUCACGAUCAUAGGUCGAGCCAUCGGCCUAGACUUCCCGGCUCCCGAGUACAUACCUGUCGACACCCCACCGAACUUCCUGCUAGACUGUGACACUCUCAUCCGAAUGGAGAUGUUGCUCGAUCGGGGAACCCACACGUACAGUUGGUUAGACUCUGACAAAGCCUCGGUUUACAUCCUGCCAAGUUGGAUCGGUUCUUCAUUCGAUACAAGCGACCCCGACACUUGGCUUCCUCCAGAUCAGUUGACCCAAGCAGGGAGACUGUCGAGUCGGAUACUACGGGAGGUUUGGGCCAACACCAAGUGA